ACCUAACCAAUGUUAGAUGGUCCCAGGGGGCAACGGGCCGCUUGAUGGAAUUUCACAUAGACACAUACAGAAUGUCUUUUUUCCCGCUCACGACAGUUUCCUCCUCCUCGUACCCCGAGGAUCAAGUCAAAGUGCAUCAUGGCCAAAGAUUUGACGACGACCACGUUUGAGCCCAUCCAGCCCGAGGGCCUGGCGCUCUCGAUGUUGGUGACAACCGUCGUCUUCACCAUCUUGUCCAGCAUCAUGGUCUGCCUACGAUUCUACGUCCGCAUCACACUACGAUCCUUCUCCGUCGAGGACUGGCUGAUGCUUGCUGGAUGGAUCGUAAACCUCGGACAUAACGCCGCGGUUAUUGUUCUUUCGUUCUGCGGUAUCGGGUCCCACGACGACGUCAUCACGGUCGGCAUGAUGUACAAGAUGGGACUGUGGACGAUAAUCUGGCAGUUCUUGUACGUCUUGGACGGCGCACUUAUCAAGUCGAGCAUCAUCUGGACGCUCCUUCGGCUGGCCAAGGGCUUGAACAAAACGUAUACAUACAUACUCUGGGCACUGUUCGCCUUGGGCUGGGUUGUCUGGCAGAUUUCAUGGCCCGUAGCCAUCUUCCAAUGCAAACCCGUGGCUGCGGCCUGGGGCGAGCCGGGAGACUGCACUUCAGGCCAGAGGGUCAUUCUGAACGUGUCGUACUUCGUCUCGGCGGCGAAUAUUUUCACCGACGUCAGCACCUCUCUGGUGCCUAUCUUCCUGCUCCGCCACACCCGUAUGCCCACGAAACUGAAGCUCUUGACCAUGGGCGUUUUGUCGCUGGGUAUUUUUGCGUCCGUGGCCACCGUGAUCCGGAUCGCCUACACAUGGGCUUACACGGCGACUGUUGACAAAUAUUACACAAUCGCAAAGAUCGUCAUGUUGACAGUGCUCGAGUGCGACUUGGGCAUUAUAGCUGGGUCGAUGCCUAUGAUCCGCCGUCUCUUCCGCGCCCUCGCAACCUCACAUGGCUCCAAUGAGGUAACGCCCGGCCAUUCCGGCGAUGUGAACCUGGUGACUAUCGGCGGCACCGGCGGGCGCGCGCGGCGCACGACCCGCAUCAAGCUGGCAAACACCGCCAACGACACAAUCAUCGGCGAGCAUCAGGAUAAAGAAAGCAAUGACGAUAGCGACUCGACUCGCCGCAUCAUUCAAGUCACCCGCGAGGUCAAGCAGGACACUAGUGUCUCGCAUCGCGGCGGGCCUGACAACCAGUUCCAGGUCGCCGUCUCCGGCAGCGGCGGGCCAGGCCAGAAUUUCCAUCUCCCCAUCUCAACCCGCAACACAGGCCCGAGCUAUGAAUGAUGACUUGGCGCUGUUGAAACCAGGAGUUACCAGGAUGGCGCCAGGGAUCGCCAGGGCUGGCGCACCUCGAUAGAUCUGGCCUAGGAGUGUGGUGUUUUGGGCAAAUCGAGCAUUUUUCUUCGCACCCACAGGAUCUUCCAUAACCCAAUCGAACCGUGGUAUAUACUUUUUCUUCGCGCCGAAGCACUCGGGAGCGGAUCGACAUUACAUACUCUAUCACAGAAUAAUACUCAGAAGGCUACGUAACGCUUUGUCUUGGUCUUGGUACUGCAAAACGAUUACCGAUUGUAG